AUGAGUGAUGCUGGACACCCAAAGGCUGAAAAGGCAGCUGGCCGCAUUGUAAAUGGCGCCCCAGCCUCACUCGGCCAGUUCCCACACCAGGCGUCCUUGAUCAUUGACUACGGCGCCAUGUGUGGUGGGUCGCUGAUCUCCGCCUCUGUCGUCCUAACAGCAGGGCACUGCGCCUCCGGGUUCAGCACGUGGGAGGUGAGGCUUGGACUCACCAGUCUCAGCAUUAUUGAGCCUAGCCGCGUGACCAUCUACACCACGUCGGCGACGGUGCACCCUGAAAACGACGUCGCCGUCCUCUUCCUGGGUACCAACGUCCCGCUAAACAAUUACAUCGGACUGGUGAACCUGCCUUCUCGCUCACAGGCGAGCAACAGCUUCGAGGGCCAGACCGCUAUCGUCAGCGGCUGGGGCCUCACUACCGAAAACGGUGUCAUCCCAGACACGCUGCAGUACACGACACUGAACGUCAUGUCCAACACGCAGUGCAGCCAAUACUACGGGGGUCCCAUCUACGACUUCACACUCUGCGCCGUCGGUUCCAGCGGACAGAACGUCUGCUCCGGCGACAGCGGCGGCGCGCUGGUGGUCGGCUCACAGGGAAGCUACACGCAGAUCGGGACCCUCAGCUGGAGUUCGGGCAAGGGCUGUGCGAGCGGAGACCCGGCCGGCUUCAUGAGGGUCACCUACUUGCUCGACUGGAUCUCAAGUACCGCCGGCAUCACCAUUCCGUAA